AUGGCUAUAAAAUUGUUUAUUCGUAGUUUGCAAUGGGCGGUGGAGAGAGUGAGAGUGUUGGUUAAGGUUGGCGCUGCUUGUUUUGGAGAGAAGCCUCCAGAUUUAGAAAUUGGAACAGAAGAGGGGAUUGCAUUUAUUUCGUCUCCACGUAAACCCAAAACCACCCAUUGGCAUCCAGAUAAGUUUUCUAAUAUCCACGGUAUGGAGUAUGCUUGA